GGGAAGAUGGCUGAGCAGGUGCCGAAGUCUGUGCUCUUCUUGUGUCUGGGUAACAUCUGUCGGUCACCCAUUGCAGAAGCAGUUUUCAGAAAACUUGUAACUGAUCAAAAGCUUUCAGAUCAUGUUACCAAGGAAGACUUUGCCACAUUUGAUUAUAUACUGUGUAUGGAUGAAAGCAAUCUGAGAGACUUGAAUAGAAAAAGUAAUCAAAUUAAAAACUGCAAAGCUAAAAUUGAACUACUUGGCAGCUAUGAUCCACAAAAUCAACUCAUUAUUGAAGACCCCUGUUAUGGGAAUGAGUCCGACUUUGAGACUGUCUACCAGCAGUGUGUGAGGUGCUGCAGAGCCUUCCUGGACAAGGCCCGCUAAUGCCACGCCCGUUCUCCCCACAGCCCCCGGCUGGGCCCCACAGGCUCUGCUGUGAGGCCGCAACU